CCAACAGAAGCGGGUGUGGAGAUACGUGGAGGAGGGCAGUCUGCUGAAGCUGAAGUCGUACCUGCGGAAGCACCGGGACCUGGAUGUGAACUUCUCCCAGGGAAAGAGGGAGAGGAGCCCGCUGCAGCUCGCCUGCUGCCGGGGAGAGGACGCUGUGCUGCGGCUGCUGCUCAAACACGGAGCCGAUGUUCUCCAGAAGGACCGUAAAGGAGACACAGCGUUACACACGGCCGUCAGUGAGGUGUUUAAAUGCGGGAGGAGAGCGUACACGGACCUGGUGGUGCCUCUUAGAAACAGCUGUCCAGAUGCUUUGAAUGCUCCCAACAGCGCGGGAGUCACACCUAAAGAUAUGCUCAAGAUGUGGAAGAAACAUUCAAAGACUACAGAAAACCUGAGAUCUCUGACUGAAGAGCUUGAGAAGAUAAAUAAGAAGUUUGUGGAGCUCUCUAAAGCAUUCAAUGCGAUAGAUGGUCUUCCUGAUGAUGAUGAUGAUGAUGACGAUGAAGACUUUAAGGACUGGGCUGAACGUAUCAGAAAUGAGUAUUUCGACAAAAUGCGAAAUGCCACAGGUGGAACGCCGUCGUCUUCUGGAUGGAGAAGCUGGAAGAGCAAACAGGAGAGAGAUCAUCUGAAGGCACGUAAAGAGGAAGAGGCUCGGCAGGGUGAGAAGCGCAGGUACGACGAAGGGUGUGCGGCUACUUUUAAUGCUGGCUCUUCAUCUGUCAGCACAAAGCUGAGCUACAGCGACAUCCCCUGGCCGGCUCCACGAGGCACAGUGCAGGAGAUGGUGGACGUGAUGCUGCACGGCGUGGACCGAAAGGACCUGCCGCUCUUCCGUAAGAUGCUCCGGAAGCAGCAGGCGCUGUGGCAUCCCGAUAAGUUUGCUCAGCGCUGUGAAGCUCGAUUGGAGGAGAAGGACAAGACACAGAUCCUGGAUACGGUCACGGCUCUGUCGCAGGAGCUCAACAGACUGGCCCAGAGCCUGAGGGAUUUAAAGAUAUAAUGUGUAACAUAUUAAAAGGGUCUGAAGUGACCUCUGUUGGGUACUUGUGUCGUCCCAAAUGUUCAAACCAGGAGAACAAAAUGUAUCAUUCAUGUAUGUUUUUCUGUAAUAGUAUAUUUUUGCACACAUUACUAUGCUCCAAUGUACUGUUUUCCUUUAAUUUUAAGUACAUCUAACAUAGUCACUGAAGGCUGUGAGGGCAAAUUCCUCUGAUGUGACUAUAUGUGUUGACCUUUGCCCCGUAUUAGUGACCAUUUCCUGACCAGAGCUGUGGUUAUCUCACAAAUUGUAAAAUCCUACAAGACACAGAAACACUUUUGUGUCCUCGGAAGGAAGUCGUGUACGUCACCAAGUCGAGAUAAGUUAUGUUCAGGAGAGAAUCUCCCUUUACCAUCGGAUGUUACAAACUAUAACAGCUCACAGCUCCUUCCUUUCAACUGAAAUAGAUUUUUGUGAUUCUUCUGAACUCUGAACUCUGUUUGUUGCAUUAAUCAUUUACUUCACACGCUUCAUUUGGUCGCCUGUCAGUGGCAUCAUAUCCCCUCUAGUCCCACUGGUCGCUUCUGGACAAACACGGGAUGAAUCGGAGUGAGGAAGGAAGUCAGCAAACGUGACUAAACGUAACGUGAGUUAAAUAUAAAUACAUGACCUCGUCUGUGAACAUGAUUUCUGUCUGAGUCAGCAGUCAGAUAGAUUUCAGAAAUGAUGGUUGUUAAAUUGUUUGAUGUGAGAGAGCCCCGGUAGUAGACAUUACAUACUGUGCCUUUUAAGCUUUAGUCAAUUAUAUCAUAUUAUGUGCUUUCCUGUGAAUAUAUGACUGUAAAAACAAGAUAUAAGGUUGAUCCUUCAUCAGGUGAAAUUCAUACAUGCAAACAGCAGCAGAGCAUCUUUGUAAAUGUAAAAUAAAAACAAAUCAGAGGGCUGCAACAGCACCUCUUUGCAUGCAUUCAAAUGAAGAUAAUUGAACUCUGAAGUCUGAGCUCUUCUUUUAAAACCUUGCAGUAUGUUUAGAAAUAAUCAAAAGAUGCAGUUAUAUAUAUAUAUAUAUAUAUAUAUUAUAUAACGGGACGUCACAAUGUCCAUUUCCCAACAAUAUAACUUAGCAACAGAAGAUAUAAUUUAAGAAUGAAUUGGCAGUUUUCACAAACAUGUUGACUGACACAAUUAAUAAACAAUAACAAUAACACAGUACAGGCUUUCAUCUUUCCAUUCUUUUGGAUUUCACAAAUCAUGUGAGUGUACUUAACUAAUUGUGAUCCUGUGAGUGAGUUUAAAAUACAAAAAUAAAUCAGUUUAGAACCAAAAGGUUUGUUCCCAGCUAGAAUAAAUAAAUAGCAGGUUAUCCUUGGAAACCAAAGUGUGUUAUAUUCUACAGGCGCUCUGUUGAUGACGUAUCCUUCAUUACAAUGGUUUCAUUGGUGGUGGCUGGUUUGUUAGAGAGCACAGCGGUUCCACAAAUAUUCUCAAUAGUCUCAACAGACAUGAAUGUAAACUGCUACUUCACUGGUUGUCAGACGGAUACAGCAUCUGGGUGGUUAUUCUAGUGUUUGUUUUUCAGUUCAGUUUAGUUUCCAGAUUGGUUCAGCUCGUUUCAGUCUUGUUUGUGUUGUUUGAAAAUGUUUGGUUUUAGUUUUAGUUUUUUUAUUAUAAUAUGGGGGAUUGCAAUACAAACAACAUGUGUGAAGGUAAUUGACUCACAGUCAUGUAGACAUCGCAGUCUCAGUAACAUGUACCAACACCUCCUCGUGCUUGUUGUGUUGACAAAUUUGGCCAAAACUAAAGACAUUUCCUGUAUUUAAUUUUAAUUUGUUUAGUUUUAGAUUUUUUUAAAGUCUAGUUUUAGUUUAGUUUUUAUUUGAGUUAACUAAAAUGAUUUUUCACACCUAGUUGUAGUUUAUAGUUGUAGUUUUUAGUUAACUAUAUUAACAUUGUGUUUGUAGGGUUUGUUGUUUGAUAUCAGGAAGCAUGUUCCUCCUCAAUAUCCGUGUUUUAAUUCAUUUAUCCAGAUAAAGGCUUUGGUUUGAGGAGAGACACUGUUACGUCAACAGACUCUCCUCUGACCUUUUCCUGGAAGAGAGCUGUCACA